AUGCAGGUAAAUUACAAAGAAAAGGAGACAAUUACAGCAGUUGCACCAAGAGCUGCCAUUACCGCUGCAAAAAAUAAACCAAUUCAUGAUGAGCAAAAAGCAAAAGAAGCCAAGGGCAAGAAGAACAGAGCCAACAAAGCCCACUGA